AUGAGUUCGAGAAGUUAUGAACCGGAUCCAGAACUAGAACCAGAACAGGCAAGGGUCGAUCGACCAGAGUUGUCUCGUACAGCCUCAACAUCAGAUGUUGUCGAGGCACCAGCCGUUGAGCUACCAAGCAUGCAUAGCGAAGUUGAAGUCAGAGUGGAAAAUCCAAUUUCCAAUGCGAAUGCUGAACAAUCAUCAGGGGGAGAAAAGGAAGGUCGUCGUUUAAUAUUAUUUAAAGCUGCUUUAAGAGGAGAUUGGAAAGCUGCUGAACGUGUUCUGAGAUCGGACAAAAGUGCAGCUUCUCUUUUGAUAACAAAAAGACGAGAUACGCCUCUUCACAUAGCUGCUCUCGCCAAGCAAACUGUGAUUGCCCACAUGCUAGUCAAAUACUUGAACGAAGGAGACCUGGAAAUUAAGAACAAAGAUGGAAAUACAGCUUUCUGGUGUGCAGCUACAUCAGGGGUUGUAGAAAUUGCCAAGGUCAUGUACGAAAAAAAUAAUAAUCUGCCAACAAUUCGAGGGGAAUCCGGCACGACCCCAAUUGAAGUGGCAGCUUGGAACGGAAAGAAAAAAAUGGUUGAAUAUCUUUACGAAAUUACGCUUCUUCGGGAUUUCGGGGCCGCGGAGCGCAUGAAUAUUCUUGUUGCAACUAUCAACAGUGAAAUGUAUGAUAUCGCAUUAAAGAUAUUUAAAGCAGAUGGAAGUAUAGUUACUUCUUCUCCAGACGUCUUCAAGAGAGGACUUGCUCUACACGUGUUAGCACAAAAACCUUUUUCAUACUAUGGUACAAGUCAAGAAUGGAUAUGUGAAAAUCUCGUCCCUUAUGUUCCCUGUUUCAAAAGGAUAUAUGGUUCAAUUCAAAAGCGGAGACAAGCCGGUCAGUUGGUAAAGGAGCUUUGCGAACAGAUUCUGACUUUAGAGGAAGACGAAAUUUUAAAUUUAUUUAUGUAUACUCCUAUUCUCGCUGAUGCUGCAAAAAUUGGGAAUGUUGAGUUUUUGACUCUGCUAACUCACUCAUAUCCUGAUCUUAUGUGGAUAGUCAACUCAAAAAGAGAUGAGUACACCAUAUUUCAUUUUGCAGUUAUUAACCGACAAGAGAAAGUCUUUAGUCUCAUCUACAACACAGGAGGUAUAAAAGAUGCAUUGUUGUCCUUCAGCGAUAAUUCCAAAAACAACAUUUUGCACUUGGCCGCGAAAUUAGCACCACCAAGCAGGCUCAAUAUUGUCUCUGGAGCAGCUCUUCAAAUGCAAAGAGAGCUACAGUGGUUUAAGAUGACAAACACGGAGGGCAAAACGCCUAGGGAGUUGUUUACGGAGGAGCACGAGAAGUUACGGGAAGCCGGUGAGGAUUGGUUGAAGGACACAGCAACUUCUUGCAUGGUUGUGGCAACCUUAAUUGCCACGGUUGCGUUUGCUGCAGCCUUUACCGUACCAGGUGGAAAUCAGGAAGAAAAAGGCACUCCAAUUUUCUUGAACAAUAGGUGGUUCACAGUUUUUGCUAUAUCUGAUGCAGUGGCAAUGUUUAGCUCGACAACUUCCAUAAUGAUGUUCUUGUCUAUCUUAACUUCACGCUAUAGAGAAAAUGAUUUUUUAUUUAUCUUACCGGCAAAGUUGAUGGUUGGACUAAUUACGCUCUUUGCUUCAAUCGUUUGCAUGGCCUUAACAUUUAGUGCAACUUUCUUUUUGGUCUACAAGGAAGAAAAGGAAGGGACAUUGCCAAAAAUUGUUGCUGGUCUUGCUUUGCUUCCAAUCACUUUAUAUGCAAUGCUAAAUAGUAGGUUAUGGAUUUCCCUAAUCCACUCAACCAUCUGGGCGUCAAGGUUUAUGUUUCGACCGGGUAAGCACAGGCUUUUCUAA